AUGGCAACAGAGCGUCUGGCGUCCUGGGCCGUCUACCUACAAUACUCCGACCUCCCAAGCUCCGUCAUUGACGCCGCUGUCCGGAGUUUCUACAACUGGGCUGGCUGUGCAAUCGGGGGCUCCAACCAUCGCACAACCACCACAGCGCGGAACGCUUUGUCACAGUUCUUCGGUCGUCCUACAUCGCGCAUAUUGGGCUCUGACGAAAGCGUGCGCGCAGAUGCAUCCCAUGCCGCCCUGAUCAACGGCAUCGCAUCCCAUGUGCACGAUUACGACGACACACAUCUGGAAACCAUCAUCCAUCCAACGGGACCGGUGGCGAGCGCAUUGCUUGCCCAGGCUGAUGCUGUGGGCCCGGAACGGCCAGUCACUGGAGAGCAGUUUAUCCUUGCUUUGGUAGUGGGUAUCGAGGCGGAAUGUAAAGUCGGUUUGGCGGUUUGGCCGAAACAUUAUGACCUUGGAUGGCACAUCACCAGCACCACUGGAUCAAUCGGUGCCGCCGUGGCCGUAGGCAAACUCAUCGGCCUGACCGCCACUCAAAUGGCACACGCCAUCGGCAUCGCCGCGACCCAAGUCACCGGCCUCCGCGAGAUGUUUGGAUCUGACACCAAAUCGUUCCACGUGGGCCGGGCUGCACAGAACGGACUGAUGGCCGCCAUUCUUGCAGAGCACGGAUACACCAGCUCCAUGCGGGCACUGGAAGCCAAGCGAGGUUGGGCGAGAGUUGUUGUCGGCGGCGAAGCCGACGACCAGGAGGAGAACGACGACAGCACCACUACUAAGCUCGACCACCAAAUCAACACACUAGGCCAAACAUGGGAAAUCUCCAAGAACGCAUUCAAACCAUUUCCCUGCGGGAUCGUCGUCCACCCUAUUAUUGACGGCUGUAUCCAGAUCCAUCAUGAAUUGGACUUCAGUUCCAAUGUCGACACUAACAGUAUCGAGAAUAUCAAAACCGUCCGUUGCCGCGUUCACCCUUUAGUUCUAGAGUUGACGGGCAAACAGACACCCCAAGACGGUCUACAGGCAAAAUUCAGCGUUUAUCACGGUGCUGCGGUCGGAUUGGUCUUUGGCAAGGCCGGCCCCGCGCUAUAUGAGGACGAGGUGGUCACGAGCGAAAAGGUGGUGAGGGUGAGAAACAAGAUCGAGGCUGUCGUGGACUCGAGUCUUGAUGCUGAUGAGGCUGAGAUUGUGGUUGAAUUCGAGGGUGAUGGUGGGAAGAUACUGACAAAACAUGUCGUCCAUGCGGUUGGAAGUCUCGAGAUGCCAAUGACUGAUCGGCAGUUGGAGGAUAAAUUUAUCGAUCAGGUUGCGCCGGUUGUGGGUGAUGAGGGUGCCAGGCGGUUGAGUGAGAGGUUUUGGGGGUUGAAAGAGGCAAAGACGAUAGGGGUGGAUCUGUGA